CUCGCGCCCCAACAAUGGAGUGGCUCAUACCAUCGGCGCUGAUUGUUGCGGGGACAUUCUCCUCCAAACAAACCUAACACAACUCUCCUUACUUUGCCGAGACAACCUUUGUCGCAAGGGAUUAAACCCGAAAACGGGUUCAUGUUACAAAAUUGUCUGCUAGUUGGACCGGAACACAUUUGAUGUCAGUUUAAGCGAUAUCUUGCCAAAGAAACCCUUUGCAGGAAAAAAAAAGUGGCUGGAUUGUUCUGCGCCGCCGCCUCUUCCAGCACGAGCUCAUUUGAUAUCAGAGACGCUGCGGCCAUGGAUCUGACCCGGAGAUUUAAAUACUUGGAUUCUGUGGCACGCUGUGCAGCUCCGUGAGGAUGGAAAGAAAAUAAGUGGGAUUUUUUAACCAACCUAUCAGGUAGUGUCGUUGCAGCAAAACGAUGCCGCUGGUUAAGCGUACCAUCGAGCCCAGGCACCUGUGCCACACGGUAUUGCCAAGGAACAUCAAGAAUGAGCUGGAAUGUGUGACCAAUAUCUCCUUGGCCAAUGUCAUCCGCCAGCUCAGCAGCCUCAGUAAAUAUGCAGAGGACCUUUUUGGAGAGCUGUUCAAUGAAGCCCACUCCUUCUCUUUCCGGGUCAACUCCUUGCAGGAGAGGGUGGACCGACUCUCCAUCAGCGUCACACAACUGGACCCCAAAGAAGAAGAGUUGUCUCUUCAAGACAUCACUAUGAGGAAGGCCUUCAGGAGUUCCACCAUUCAGGACCAGCAGCUGUUUGACCGCACGUCUCUGCCCGUCCCUCUGCAGGAGAGCCUCCACACCUGUGAGGAGCCACCACCUCUCAACAUCCUCACACCUUACAGGGAUGAUGGUAAGGAGGGUCUGAAGUUCUACACGGAUCCGUCAUACUUCUUUGACCUGUGGAGGGAAAAGAUGCUGCAGGACACUGAGGACAAGAGAAAAGAGAGGAGGAAGCAGAAGCUGGAAAUGCCUUAUCUUGUGUGCCCCAAGAGUCUUAUAAGAGUACUCUCUGAAACCCCUCCUCCUUUCCUUACUCCCCCAGAGUUGCAGGACCCCCGCAUGUAUGAUCAGGUCUAUAGGUACUUAGACCUUCCAGGGCAGCUGAAGGCAAUCGACCGUCCGCCUGAGCCAGAGAAGGUGCCACGGCAGCCUCACGAUCGGAAGAAGGAGUGGCAGAAGCUGGCGCAGGGGCCGGAGCUCGCCCAGGACGCACCUGAGGACAAGCACAGGGAGGCCAACGGAUCCACUGGUUACCACGACAGCAGAACUGCCCUGUACAUGGAACAUCUGGACGGGCACUUCUCGCUCGCAGCGCUGCCCUACACCCAGAUGAACGAGCUGCUGAACCGCACCGGGGACAGAAUGUAUUCCCGACCCCACGACCCUCCUCCCCCGCCUCCUCCUGGACACCCACUGGGUGAAAUCAAGCCCCCUUCUGUGAUCAGCUCCAGUUCAGGUUUCUCAGACAGCAGACCUCAGUCCCCGGCGAGGACGGCGGGCCUCAACUCCAGUACCCCUCCACCACCUCCCCCUCUCCCCCCACCUCCUCCUCCCUUGCCCUCCAUGGGCCUGCGAGGCGCUGCUCCUCCCCCCAUUCCUCCUCUGCCAAUCCAGCAUCAGCCUCCAGCCAUCCCUCCUCCCCCUGCUCCGCUCCAGAUCGCGCCUGGGGUGCUCCACCCGGUACCACCGCCCGUCGCGCCGCCUCUCCACUCCUCAUCCCCGGCCCGCCUCCAGCACGGCCAGGACAAGGGCCUGGGUGGAAGCUCUGGGACCCUGUCAGACGGCACCAUCCUGCCCCCUCCCCCCCCACCACCUCCACUGCCACUCCCUGGAGUGCGAAGCUCGUCGCCUUGUCAGUCGGGCCCCCCACCUGUGCCGGCCUUUCCCUCAGCAGGAGCCAUGGCUUCCCCGCCUCCUCAUGCCAUGCACGAUGUGGGCACCAAGCGGCACCAUCCAUCCAACCUGCCACCAAUCAGCGACGCGCGGAGCGUGCUCUUGGAAGCUAUCAGGAAAGGAAUCCAGCUGCGAAAAGUGGAAGAGCAGCGAGAACAGGAGGCUAAGCACGAGCGAGUUGGGAACGACGUGGCCACCAUCCUCUCUCGGCGCAUCGCCGUGGAAUACUCAGACUCGGAGGACGAGUCCGAAUUUGAUGAAGGGGACUGGAUGGAAUGACAGAGCGCAUUGGGGGUGGGGAAAAAGAGAUUUGCUGGUUAUUGAUUAUAAAACAUGUUCAGGUGUCCCAUGCUCCAUCAGCGCUCCUUGGCUCACCAUCAAAGAAGAGGAGCCUUUUGGUCAAC